UUGCUCCCAGUAAUCUUGCAACGGUAGAUUAUGACCUUCCUUGUUCACACUCCUGGUCAUUAUCCACAGUCGUUCAUCAACCUCCACCCAAACUCAAGGAGUCCAAACUCCUACCAAAACAGGAUGCCAUAACACUUCCAAAAGCAAAAUGAAAGAUGAUGAUCAUGCUCGUACCCUCCCUUUCACUGAACUGCAAAUCCCGCAUCAAAGAAACUACAACUCCGUUUCUUUCCCGUUAGUUCUCUCUCGAAAUCCAACAACUCUUCCCUUUUCUGUAUCUCUUUUCACUGAAACCAUCACCACCCACAAAUACAUCCUUCAUUCUCUACUGCUUGAAUCAGGAGCCGUGCUAUUUAGAGGGUUUGACAUUAACACAGCCAAGGACUUCAACGACGUCGUUGAAGCCUUUGGCUACGACGUGUUGCCGUAUGUGGGUGGUGCAGCUCCUCGAACCCAAAUCUUUGGUCGGGUUUUUACGGCCAAUGAGUCUCCGCCUCAUCAGAAGAUUCCGUUUCACCAUGAAAUGGCUCAGCUUCCUGAGUUCCCAUCCAAGUUGUUUUUCUUCUGUGAAGUAGAGCCUGGAAGUGGCGGAGAAACUCCUCUAGUACUGAGCCAUAUUGUCUAUGAAAGGAUGAAACAAAGGUACCCUGAGUUUGUAGAAAAUCUAGAGCAGCACGGGUUGAUUUACACAAGGGUUCUAGGAGAGGAGGAUGAUCCUUCAUCGCCAAUCGGCCGCAGUUGGAAAUCCACAUUCUCCACUGAUGACAAGAACCUGGCUGAAGAAAGGGCUGCUAAGUUGGGAACGAAAUUGGAGUGGUUGGAGAAUGGUGGAGUGAAAACAAUCAUGGGUCCAAUUCCAGCUAUAAAGUAUGACAAAUUAAGGGACCGCAAAAUCUGGUUCAACGGCAUGGUACCUGCUUAUACUGGGUGGAAAGACAAGCAAAUCGAUCCUGAUAAGGCAGUCACUUUCGGGGAUGGAAAACCAUUGCCGGCUGAUAUAAUCUAUGAUUGUCAAAGAAUCCUGGAAGAGGAAUGUGUUGCCAUUCCUUGGCAGAAAGGUGAUAUUCUGCUGAUAGAUAACUUAGCUGUGCUUCAUGCCAGAAGAUCAUCAAGUCCUCCACGCCGCAUUUUAGCUUCACUUUGCAAGUAGUGAAGGUGAAGUAAUGUCUUGUGUAUGAUUUAGAUGCUCUGGAAUAAGGAAUGCCGAGUUCUCUGCUUGUACACCAUGCCUGUUAUUGUGCCCUUGUGUAGCCAUUUUAGGCGGAAUUGACACUGAAAAAGUUGGAAUCUGGAAAUGCUGACAUAAACUUGGAGCCAAAUGCCGUCACAGUGCUGUUGAAUCUGAUCCAUAAAUCUCAAAUAUAAACCUUCUGCUUUGCUAA